UAGUAUCAAAAACCGACAGCGGACAAAUCUUUAAAUAUAUUUUUUCUGAGGAACAAUAAUUAUGAACGUUUUUACUAAAAUGUUCAACUAUACUUACUAGUGCUCGCAAAUCUCGCACUACUGUCAUCUGUUGAGGCCGGUGGGCCCUGUUUACUGUUAGUAAAUGUUUUUAAUCAAAUCCACUGCGGAGACGUUUUCAUACGUAGCGGAAUUGAGCCGUUCGUGAUAUUCGAUUGACCAUGCGUUUAUACUGCAGGUUGGUCGGCUGCACGAUGCGCGUACCAAACUAUGUUUUCUGGAAAGCUGAUGUGCCCUACUACUGUCGACGUCAUGACACUGCGGAGCCACGGUUUCUGGCUGAAAUGUUGGCGGACAGACCUAGCCAUUGUAUCAAGAAAAAAGCUGAUGAUAUGUUUUGCUCCCAGACGUUGUUUCAAUGUUACUAUCCCGUUGAGAGCGUCAAGAAAUUAUUACGAUGUACUGGGCGUUCCGAGAGAUGCCAAUUCCAAGCAAAUCAAAGAUGCUUAUUACAAAUUGGCAAUGAAACACCACCCCGAUAAAAAUCAAGGAGUACUUACUAAGCAGUUUAGAGACAUCAAAGAGGCAUACGAUAUAUUGAGCAAUGAAUCUAGUCGGACGAAGUACAAUAACAGCAUGGGUACAGGUUCUUCAAAUAAUAAUUAUAGAAAUCAGAAUAGUAGUACAUCUAGUGAUUGGACAUCCAAUUCUUUUUAUGGUCGUUAUAACACAAAUUAUGAAUAUACAUCUAAUAAUAAAAACUGGUCAAGAACUGAGUACAAUUAUACAAGAAACAGACACGCUGGAGGCUUUGAUUCACUUAAACCUUUUAAUGUAUUUAUAAACGUAAUUACAGUACCCAAGACUAUUGUAAAAACUCAAAUUGAUUUAAUGUUAUUGAGUUUUAUCAAAAACCGUACAUUAAAAUGGAUUUUGUUUCAUUUAUUUCAAUAUCUAUGGACAUGGGGAUUGAAUAAUUUGAAUUAUAAUGUGCUGAUAUCAUCGUCAUCACCUAACAGUGCAUUAGGAGAGUUCAUCAGGAGUUUGCUCGAAAACCGAACGAUAAGAAUCGAACUAACGGAAUUAGAAGCAAUAAAGGGUAAAGCAGUCAGAGUGAAUGUUAGUGAAAAUGAAAAAGUGCUCGUGGUCAAUAUACCUAAGGGAGUACAAAGAGGUCAAUCAUUCUACUUGUUUUACCUGGUUGACAACGAUAAUAAUGCCAAAUUUAAAGGCUAAAUUUUGUUACCAUUUUACUGUUUAUUAAUUUUUAUAUAUUAAAAAGUAUUAAUCUACAAAA